AUGACUUUGUCGGAAAGCAAAAUUGUCUGGAAAUGCUUCGUUUUUCCUGGAGUCGAAGAAACGGACACCUUCUUGGAUCCAACCAAUGCGUUGAUGGUGGAAGACUUACCCACAUUCGGGUAUCCCACAAGCCCAAUCUGCAAUCUUUUUGGCUGCCCUUCAGGUGGUUCUGUUAAAGGUUCAGGUGCAACUUUCAAACAUAAUUCCUCGAGUUCUUGA